UGGACAUGUCAAUUAAAGAUAAGCAUUCGGUACAACUGCAUUCAAACGAAAAUAUCGUAGAACAUUCUAGAAAAUAUACUGCUGCUGGUUAUGAUUUAAUGUUUCUGUCGGUGGGGUUCGACCGGCAUGAGCUUGAGCGGUGGACGGAAGCCGCGUGUAGACAUCUGCUCACCGGCGGGACGCGAACCCUCACAGAUCAGCUAGCGUAGCUCGGUACUGCUUGUAUCGUUCACCGGCCCAAUACACUCAGAUCGAUCUCUUGUUAUUGAUUACGUUGAAGGGAUAUUAAUUGUUCGGGCAGAACUCCUCGUCAGUCUCCAGGAGAGUGAUCUCAUAUCGACCAGGAUGGAGUGGCAGCCAGACGAACAGGGUCUGCAGCAAGUUCUUCAGCUGCUGAAGGACUCCCAGUCCCCAGACACCGCAACCCAGAGAGCUGUCCAGGAAAAACUCGAACAGCUGAACCAGUUUCCGGACUUCAACAACUAUCUCAUCUUUGUCUUAACAAGCCUCAAGUCAGAAGAUGAGCCGACCCGGUCCCUCAGCGGGCUCAUCCUGAAGAACAACGUGAAGGCCCACUACCAGAGCUUCCCCCCCACUGUGGCCGACUUCAUCAAGAGGGAAUGCCUGAACAACAUCGGGGACCCCUCUCCGCUGAUCAGAGCCACCAUAGGUAUCCUGAUCACCACCAUCGCCUCCAAGGGGGAGCUCCAGAUGUGGCCGGAGCUGCUGCCUCAGCUCUGCAACCUGCUCAACUCUGAAGACUACAACACCUGCGAGGGCUCGUUCGGGGCGCUGCAGAAGAUCUGCGAGGACUCGUCAGAACUCCUGGACAGCGAGGCUCUGAACCGGCCGCUCAACAUCAUGAUCCCCAAGUUCCUGCAGUUCUUCAAGCACUGCAGUCCUAAGAUCAGGUCCCACGCCAUCGCGUGUGUGAACCAGUUCAUAAUCGGACGCGCCCAGGCUCUGAUGGACAACAUCGACACCUUCAUCGAGAGCCUGUUUGCGCUGGCCGGUGAUGAGGACAGCGAGGUCCGUAAGAACGUGUGCCGGGCGCUGGUCAUGCUGCUGGAGGUCCGCAUCGACCGCCUCAUCCCCCACAUGCACAGCAUCAUCCAGUACAUGCUGCAGCGGACCCAGGACCCCGAUGAGAACGUGGCGCUGGAGGCCUGUGAGUUCUGGCUGACCCUGGCCGAGCAGCCCAUCUGUAAGGAGGCGCUGUCGGGCCACCUGGUCCAGUUGAUCCCCAUCCUGGUCAACGGGAUGAAGUACUCUGAGAUCGACAUCAUCCUCCUCAAGGGUGACGUGGAGGAGGACGAGGCGGUCCCGGACAGUGAGCAGGACAUCAAGCCCCGCUUCCACAAGUCCCGAACCGUCACCCUGCAGCAUGAAGGGGGGGAGGGCGAGGAGGGAGAGGAGGGAGACGACGACGACGACGACGACGACGACACCCUGUCCGACUGGAACCUCCGGAAGUGUUCGGCAGCGGCGUUGGACGUCCUGGCCAACGUGUUCAGAGACGAGCUGCUGCCCCACCUCCUUCCCCUGCUCAAAGGCCUCCUCUUCCACCACGACUGGGUCAUCAAGGAGUCCGGCAUCUUGGUGCUGGGGGCCAUCGCAGAGGGCUGCAUGCAGGGCAUGGUGCCUUACCUCCCCGAGCUCAUGCCCCACCUCAUCCAGUGUCUGUGUGACAAGAAGGCCCUGGUCCGCUCCAUCGCCUGCUGGACGCUCAGCCGCUACGCCCACUGGGUGGUGUCCCAGCCCCCCGACGCCCACCUCAAGCCCCUCAUGACCGAGCUGCUCAAACGCAUCCUGGACGGGAACAAGAGGGUGCAGGAGGCCGCAUGCAGUGCGUUCGCCACCCUGGAGGAGGAGGCGUGCACGGAGCUGGUCCCCUACCUCAGCUUCAUCCUGGACACGCUGGUGUUCGCCUUCGGGAAGUACCAGCACAAGAACCUGCUGAUCCUGUACGACGCCAUCGGGACCCUGGCCGACUCAGUGGGCCACCACCUCAACCAGCCGGAGUACAUCCAGAAGCUGAUGCCGCCACUGAUCGCCAAGUGGAACGAGCUGAAGGACGAGGACAAGGACCUGUUCCCUCUGCUGGAGUGCCUGAGCUCGGUGGCCACGGCCCUGCAGAGCGGCUUCCUGCCCUACUGCGAGCCUGUGUACCAGCGCUGCGUGACGCUGGUGCAGAAGACCCUGGCCCAGGCCAUGAUGUACAGCCAGCAGCCGGACCAGUACGAGGCCCCAGAUAAGGACUUCAUGAUCGUGGCCCUGGACCUGCUGAGUGGGCUGGCUGAGGGUCUGGGGGCCCACGUGGACACGCUGGUGGCCCGCAGCAACAUCAUGACCCUGCUGUUCCAGUGCAUGCAGGACACCAUGCCCGAGGUGAGGCAGAGCUCCUUCGCUCUGCUGGGAGAUCUGACCAAGGCUUGCUUCCUGCACGUCAAACCCUGCAUCGCUGAGUUCAUGCCCAUCCUGGGCACCAACCUGAACCCCGAGUUCAUCUCGGUGUGUAACAACGCCACCUGGGCCAUCGGAGAGGUGUGCAUGCAGAUGGGUGUGGAGAUGCAGCCGUACGUAGCGAUGGUCCUCAACCAGCUGGUGGAGAUCAUCAACCGACCAAACACACCCAAGACCCUGCUGGAGAACACUGCCAUCACCAUCGGGCGGCUAGGCUACGUGUGUCCCCAGGAGGUGGCUCCCCUGCUGCCUCAGUUCAUCAGGCCCUGGUGUACGUCUCUGCGUAACAUCAGGGACAACGAGGAGAAGGACUCUGCGUUCCGCGGGAUCUGCAUGAUGAUUGGAGUGAACCCGGGCGGCGUGGUCCAGGACUUCAUCUUCUUCUGCGACGCCGUGGCCUCCUGGGUCAACCCCAAGGACGACCUCAGGGACAUGUUCUACAAGAUCCUCCACGGCUUCAAGGAGCAGGUGGGAGACGAGAACUGGCAGCAGUUCUCGGAGCAGUUCCCCCCCCUCCUGAAGGAACGACUGGCAGCCUGCUACGGAGUUUAGAGCUUCCACCACACCCAGAGGUGAGCCAGAACGAGGAGGGUGAAACUCAUCCAUCUGUGUAUUGCACUGCCCUGAUCUGGGGGGGAGAGGGGUGCUAUUGGCCGCUCCCCCUGACGGACAGCCCCCACGCCCUAUGUGUGUGUCC